AUGAACGCCAUUGCGCCACCUUCCAGCCUUAGUAGGUGAACACGCGCAAAGACAAACGCAGCUGACACCGGAAUCACACCACUGUAUAGCCUUCGUCAAAGAAAUAAUUUAACCUCGGUUAGUAACGUCUGCGAAGCAGCGCCGAAAUCCUUGUUCUGCCCCCAACCCCCCCCCCUCCCGAACAACUUCCCCCCCUUAUUGGCAAAUCGAUUGCCUUUUUUAAAAGUCCAAUCAUGGCGCGUUUUCAAAUCUUUGUACAUAAGUGGAGACCCAGAACAAGGAUUUCAGCCCUGUUUCGCAGACGGAUUUAACCAGAGUUUAGUUUCGUCUGUGGCCCGGGCUAACCACCGUAUUAACAUUUACUAUGCGUCCAUCAACAAGCUAAAGGUGCUGUCCGAGUUUAAGCUCAGGUUUAGCGGAAACGACCAGGAAAUACUCUGUGCUUUGGGAAACAUCUGUCACAGUGAAACAGCUGAUAAAGAAAGCUUCUCCUACGUUGCCAAAUUUGACAAAAUCGACGGCGAGAUUCUACAUGACUGUUCCAGAAAUGCCGGAGACAAUGCACAAGAAUGA